UUGCACGUGUCACGCGUCACUCCACCAGCGCGGUUCAGUAUCGUCCGAUGUCCUCUUGAACCUUUUCCCCCUACCCUCUUCGAAGAGAUAAUGUCAGCCUCCUCAAAAGACGUUUACCUCAUUAUUGGAGGCAGUGGAUUUUUAGGCCGGCAUAUCGUGAACCAGCUCCUCGAGAGAGGCGACAACGUCUCUGUUUUCGAUAUCGUGCAGAGAUACCACGACGUGCCUUUUUAUUCUGGGGACAUCAGCAAACAGGAUCAAGUCGCAGCUGCUUUGCGAAAGAGUGGUACGACCUGCAUAAUUCAUGUUGCCUCUCCUCCACACGGCCUCAAGGACCCCUCUCUGUACUGGGGAGUCAACGUCGAUGGCACAAAAGCAGUAAUAGCUGCUGCUCAAGAAACCGGCGUCCGUAAACUCGUUUUCACCAGCUCUGCAGGAGUAGUGUUCAACGGGUCGGACAUUGUCGAUAUUGACGAACGGUUACCUCCUCCCGAAAAGCCCAUGGACGCAUAUAACGAUUCCAAGGCUCACGGUGAGGCAGCUGUUCUGGAAGCCAAUGGUAAGGGAGGACUAUUGACUGUUGCUUUGAGACCUGCUGGAAUAUUUGGCCCUGGAGACCACCAGGUCAUGGCUGGCCUAUACGAAGUAUACGAAAAAGGCCAAACGCACUUCCAGAUCGGCGACAAUACCAAUAUCUUUGAUUGGACAUAUGUUGAAAACGUCGCUUAUGCACAUCUGCUUGCCGCAGACAAACUCUCCCUUCCCGCACCUGCCCCACCAUUUGACGAGCUACCCGAAGACGAGAAGAAAUCAUACAGUCUAGAAAAGCUCCCCGAACUCACACCGGCCGAAAAGAAAAUACUGGGGUACCCUCUUCCAUUCAUUGACUUGACUACAGGCGCUCGGCGGGUACCUACCAGCGACGCCCGGCCACUAAGCCCCUACACAACACCGACCCCCAAUGCCGAAAAGCUCUCGACAGCCUUCCACGACCCCGAAUCCGCCUCUGCUUACCGUCCAGUCGUCCGAACACGCUUCGAUGCCCUUGGCGACUCUGCAGUUGCCCGCUCCAAACUUCUUCACCCCAACCACAGUCCCCUCGCUGUCGCUGGUCAAGCCUUCUUCAUCACCAAUGGCGAGCCUUGUUACUUUUGGGAUUUCAUGCGCGUCAUAUGGCACGAGCUCGAUCUCAUUUUUCCGGAUAAGCGGAAGCCAAGAUCACCUUUCGUCCUGCCGAAGCCGGUGGGGAUGGCUGCGGCGACACUGCUGGAGUGGAUUGGGUGGGUUACUGGGAGGCCGGCUGCACUGACGCCGUUCAGGGUGACGUAUAGCUGUGCGUCGAGAUGGCAUAAUAUUGAAAAGGCCAGGAGGGUUUUGGGGUACGAACCCAAAGUGAGUGUGGAGGAGGGUGUGAAGAGGAUGGUAACGUGGUGGCGGGCGGAAUAUAUAGCAGGGAAUAUCAAAAGAAGGCACUAGAAUAUCGUGGAACGUAACAAUCAUGUCUACGGCAUCAUAGGUUACAAAAAUUACAUGUGGCUACUGUUUCUACAAGUUCCGGAAGAAGAACAAUAAGGUGAGUGCUGAGGUAACUACGAUGGAUAGGGUAAAACAA